AUGAUUAGUCACUAUUCUUCAAUUUUAAUUGUCAUUUAUAUUUCACUUUGUGUUCACGUGACUGCGACCUUACUCAGCUCCUCCUCAAAUAAUCAAGAAAAUUAUUAUGAUUUUACAGAGGGCAUUAUAUUCGCAAUUGAGGAUGCAAAUGAACAACAAGUCAGCUGCUUGUUUCAAAAUGUACCUUAUGAGAUCAUAGAGUUCCCAAGUGUACCAGUCGUUGUUGGAAAUGGAAACCUUAAAGACACAGUUGCGAUUAGCACGGCGUCCUCAGAAAUUGGUACUACCUCAUCAUUUGCCGUUACCGUUUCACAAUCUUCGACUGUGGAGAUAUCAAAAACUACCAGCACCGUACAGGCACCACUCCCAACAACAACAACCACAAACAACGAACCUGGCUGGCUUUUUGGCUGGAAUUUUCGUGACCAAACUGAAGGAGAGUCUAGCGGAAUGCAAUCUCCAGAUAUGGAGUUAGAUGUACUGAGUGUGGUGCCGGAAACGGAUUCCCUCUGGAAAGUUACAUUCCGCAUCAAGUCAGUGUCUGAUUCCAAAAAAUUAACUGCAAUGUAUGGAUCCUGGGGAAUUGUUGUUGAUUUGGGGUUUUCAAACAAUGGCUAUGCGACCUCAUUGCGAUUGUAUGGAUUGGACGCAGAGUAUGCGUAUGCCGAUCCAUUCGAUAUGCAAGCAACUAUUUUUGUGACUCCCUCAUUGCAUGGUAGUUAUUUUUGUUUGCCAGAUGAUUUCGGGUUUACCUACCAAACAGUAACACCACUGACCUCACAAUCCGAUGAUAUUCAUUCUGUUUUCCAAUAUUUUGUAAAUCCCGGUAUCUUGGAAACACAUGCAGAAGCUGGAGUUGCUGGCAAUCAAGCUGAUUUCGGGGGUCUUGACUACACUAAGAGACGCGGUGUUUCAAACUUUUGCUGGAAAAUUCCUUACUGUUUCCUGGCCAAAUCUACAACUUCAUCUUUGUCAUUGGCAACUGAAACCUCCGAAUCAGUAUCAAUGGCGGAAACUAUUGUCGAGAUUUCAGCGGAGUCGGCAGUGAAUUUGGUUACCACCUCAAUUAUGGAACCUUCUGUUGAAACACCUUUUUCGUUAGAAUCUGGAAUAGCCAGUGAAUCCGAAACGUUGGAACAAUACGGCUCUGAGUCCCUUGAGCUAUCAGCAGAAGCACCUUCUGUUUCAUUACCUACCGAAUCUACAACCGAGUCAUCAUCUGAGCCAUCAUCUGAGCCAUCAUCUGAAGUAGCAUCAGAGUGGACAGCCGAAUCAUCAGCCGAAUCAUCAUCUGAGCCAUCAUCUGAGCCAUCAUCUGAAGUAGCAUCAGAGUGGACAGCCGAAUCAUCAGCCGAAUCAUCAUCUGAGCCAUCAUCUGAGCCAUCAUCUGAAGUAGCAUCAGAGUGGACAGCCGAAUCAACAGCCGAAUCAUCAACUGAGUCAUCAUCUGAGUCAUCAACUGAAGUAGCAUCAGAGUGGACAGCCGAAUCAUCAGCCGAAUCAUCAUCUGAGCCAUCAUCUGAGCCAUCAUCUGAAGUAGCAACUACUGAGGUGGCAUUCAAACCUACAACUGAAGCAGCGCUUGAAUCUACAACUGCAACAGCAUCUGAAUCAACAUUUGAACCCUUAUCGGAGGCGCAAACUGAAAUACUAUAUGAGCUCACGAGCGACUUCAGUACAGAGAGCGGUACUAACCACAGCACACACUCCAAUGCUGGCUCGUCAUACACAUCUGACACAGAGGAGGAAUCAUCCUUGGUCUCGCUUACAGAGCAACUUUUCCAAUCUUACAGUGAGUCGGUAUUUGAAUCGCAGGAAACAAGUGACAACGUGUGGGUCAGUGAAUCCUCGGUAGAGUCCUUGUUUGAAACCUUAAUUGAAACUUAUGUAUUGGGUUCAAACCUGAGUACAUCAAUAGCAGCCGUUGCAAUCACCGAAUCCUUUUCAUUGGAAACUUCUGCUUCAGAAAUCUCCCUGACGGAAAGCGAGCUUGUUGUUGAAUUUUCGCUCGUGCCCUCACAGCUGGCUGGUAACACUUUAGAGACUACAACCGCAAGUGCAUAUACCACCUCUGAAACAGUUUCAAGCAAUUCUGAAGCGUCGGUCGAAUUUACUUUGGAAUUCUCGUCUACAUUAUCCAGCCCAGAGUUGCUACAAGAAUCGAUUCACAUUAUAUCGGAAACAGAAUCAACAGAUGAAGUAUUAUACCCAUUAGAAGAGACCGCAAGUCUUUCCAAUUUUGAAUCAUCAAUGGAGUCAAUUGCUGUUGGGCUGCAUUCCUUAUCGGGAUCAAGUACAACUGAAUCAAAUACGGUAUUGACUACAAGCUUGGAAAACAGUACUUCAUAUUCGAUAAUUAACCUGGGCGAAACUAGCGAUGUCACCUAUGUGCCUACCGAUUCAACCACGGUUAUUUCCAACUUAUCUGAAGUAUAUGAGUCGACCUCAAAUUUCAACUUGAGUGCACCCUCAGCUGAAGCUACAUUAGGCGAAUCUGUCGAGACUACAUCAAGCGAAUCCGUUGAAGCGUUUUUAAGCGAAACCAAUGAAACCACAUCAAGCAAAGCCGUUGAAACAUCGUCAAGCGAAUCAGCUGAAGUAUCAUCAAGCGAACGUAUCGAUGAAUCAUCACCCAUUCACACAUACACCAAUCCCGUCAAAAGUACUACAUAUACAACUGUGGCUGCCAUUACGCCCUUCAUCGAGACCAUUGAAAUAUCAAAUUUGUCAACGAAUAUUGAAAGUUCAACCACGUUGUAUGCAAAUUCAAAAAAUGAUUCAACAGAUAUUGCAUCUGGAAGUCAAACAACUUCAUUGUCCAUUGAAACGUCAUCAGUUGCAUCCUCAUACUCAACUUACUUGAAUUCAAGUACAAUUAACUUUGUUGUGGAAACAUCCCAUUUCUCAUCAGAGAAGAAUUCCUACUCCAGUGUAACUUUAGAACAGCAGUCAUUUGUAACAACUGAUUCAUCAUCCGUGGUUCCUUUGGCUACAAACACUGAAGAGGACGUUUCACUCGGAUCAAGCAAUAGUUUGGAGAGUUUGACAUCUGCCACCAAAAACACAAUAGCAACGUAUGUUUCAUCUUCACCAGCUACCACGGUAUCAUAUACAACCAGCCAAGAAUCGAGCAUGUUGCUGCUGUCUACAAUUUCCUCAUCAAGUGUUGCAAGAUCAUUGGUAUCUAAUGUAAUGGUUGCUGAAACAAGUGCGGGUAUUAAGAAGUCAUAUGCAACUGCAGUUACUGAGACUAGCUUGAGUUUUAUCGAGGAACCAUCAAUUUCCCAAUCAACUGAUGAGCCUACAUCCAGCGCAACUGUUGAUUCAUGGAGUACAGACAACUUAACCCAUUCUUCAGCAUCUACGAACCAAGAGUUGGCUGUGGCUAAUGAGACUGAUGAUGUUACAACUAGCAACACAGAGUUUAGUGAAACUGAUCUUACAAACACUUCAACGAUUUCAUUGUCAACGAUUAUACGUGAUGAAACUAUUCCAACCAGUACAUCAUCUGGUACAACGAUGACUAUUCAAAUCGUUAGUACUUUAAUUUCAUCUACUGAGCAAACUCAAUCAACCGAUAAAUCAAGUCAAUCUGGUGAGUCAAUUGAAAGCUCCCAAACUGCUGAAUACGAACUGGUCUACGACGCUACUGAAACAAUAUCAAUGCCAUCACCAUCAUCCUUAUCAUCAGCAUUAUCCAUGUCAUCAUCAUCUUCAUCGACUUCAUCAUUAUCAUUAUCAUCAUCGUCAUUGUCAUCGUUUCCGCCAGCAGCAGUUGCUCAAACGUUUAACACAUCAAUGAUUAGUUCAACUUCAACUUCAGCAUCUUAUACUGAUCCACUGCCACCGGUGCUCAACCAGUAUGUCGACGGGUCUAACCACUUGGUUCCUAGCGUUGUUGCACUACUCCUAAUGGUCAUUUAG